ACCCGGGCAAAUUACUUGUGCUCUGCGCUACCUAGGUAUACGGUGAUCAGAGAUGAACUCCUUACCACAAGAGCUGGUUGAUAAGAUUGCUAGCUUUCUUGAUCGAAGAGAUCUUGGAGCUAUCGUCCUACUUUCCCGCAAACUACGAUAUGCCGCUGAGUAUCACUCGGGUGCUUUCGCAGAAGCCAGGCUGAAAGCUGACUCUGCGGUAAUACGCAAGUUCUCGUCUAUUUACUGCGGCCAUCGAUCCUCUUAUCUGCGUGUCAUUGUCUUGGAUACAUCCGUUCCUGGUGUUUACGACGAAAACAUAGAAUAUCCGGAACAAGACUGCCGCGACACAGAGAAGGAUGUCCAGACCAUGACCGAGGCGUUCUCUCAGGAGAUGAGUAUGUUGUUCAGUGCAAUCAGUGCGCUUGAAAAGCAUACGCAUGAUUUGGGAAAGAUUCAUGUCAUCAUCCACACGCCGACGCGUUGUGGUUCCACCUAUCAUCCCGAGCCCGAGAAACUCUUCGAAUGCCAUAUCGAGUACCGUACCAUUUUAGACAUCGCCCGGAGAUGCCCCAACCUAGACACACUCAAGUGCAGACUUGGUGGUUCUGAGUGGAUGGGAAAUUUUAAGUCGCAAACAUUGAAUGAAAGCUGCCAAGAUUGGGCCGGGCCUCGCAGAGACUCUCGACAUGGCUUUGAAAACGCAGUUCGAGGUAUCCAUAAAGCGCUGCCUCGACUGCGUCGCGUGGACCUAGACUUCUUAUUUCCACUCGAAUGGAUGGAAGCCUUCCCUGAACGUAGCACUCUACCGAAUUUGGUGCACCCGGCGCCCUACGACCCAUUCAGCUCCAGCCUUAGGAUUCUAUCGCAUCAUCUCCGCACAAUGCAUUUACGCGUCAUCGCUGAUGAUACGUUGUUCUGGCCGACCGAAAAUGACAAUACCAGUACCUGGCCGAAUAUGGAAAGCAUGAAUAUCAUGUUUUGCAACUCUCACCCGUCUGGCCUGUGGUACAUUAGUGGUCAACCCAGUACUACGCCAGGCUAUGAGAUCACGCCUGAGCACUACCCACCAUUGAUAAAAACAGAUCGCGACCGCGAGAAUGAUGAGGAUGACGACGCUAUCUACGACUGGGACUCGGGCGAUGCGUCUCACAUAUCUCACACUCGCGUAUUCCCCCAGGAACCUGCACUGACGCGGUUCCUGCGAGCAUUCGCAAAGGCAGCUGGAAGUAUGCCAAAACUGAAAGAUUUUGUUUUUUGGACUCCCAUCAAAGUCCAUGCCGAUGAUCUCGAGGAAAAUUUUCCUGCGCUAGAUCCUUUGAGCAUAUCAAGACAUGCUAGGUCAGUCUCCAUCGCUGAACUAGCUUGGGGAAUCGCAUACACUGCCCCUGGAAUAGACUUCCCCAGCAGAUGGGAAAAGUCAGUUGAUACCUCCGUACGAAAUCUUUGGUGGAAGGUGGGAGACUGGCGGCCGGAGGCUGAACUGGCCGAACUUUUCCACAAGAUCGGAUUAGAGGAGCAUAGAGGGCAAAUGAGUGAGCACUGGAACGAUGUCGAGAAUCAGGACAAUGGACUGGACUAUCGGGAUAUUUUCGAGCGCUGGGGAUUUGAACCUUGGUCCAGAACAUUUGGCUGUCUGGUGUGCGGCGGGUAGGGGAAUGGACCUUCAAUCGAUUAUUUGGAAGAUAAGAAUCAGUCGAGCUAGAGGGUAUAUGGGCAGGUAUGAUGUAUUGGUGGUUGGAGUCGCAAAACCUGGAUUUGGAAUGAGCGAUUUUGCACGAAGAGGGUCGACGGCACAAGGCUGAGUUGAGGAUGGGAGGCUGCCACGUCCGCCUGCGCCAAAACGCCCCACAGCGUUGCCGAAGUCGUGCUGAG